AGUGGGAAAUGGGAAAACAUAAUCAUACAAACAAGGCAGCAUGGAUCUUCUUGGCGAGUCAGAUUCCAGCGAAGAUGAAGAAGUUGCCUUUAAAAUAAAUACAAAUUACGCCCAGAACUAUGACAAAUGGCGAAAGAAAGAAGAACGUCAGAAACUGAUUGACAAAUAUGGUGAGGAUGUUGAUGGCUCAAGUUCCUCGUCGGAAGAGGAAGAAAUUAGGACUUCGAAACAAAUGGAUAAAGAUUGGCUCAGGGCUUAUGCUGUUGUCCGUUUCCAGCAGCCAAGACUGUAUAAGGAAGGAGAGAAAUUUUUUCAUGAUGAGGCAAAACCGUUGAGUUCAAAGAAAAAGGACAAAGCAACCACCCUUAAGGAUCAUGAAAGGAAAUUUAUCCUUGAAAAAGGAGGGAUUGAAAGCGAUGAAGAAUCUGCACCCAAGCCUCAAGGAAAAAGUUACUUUGAGGAACAAGAAGAGAUUAAAAAAAGUUUCAAGGAUGCUGUGGCCGAUUCAAGUGAUGAUGAUGAUGAUAAUGAUGAUAGUGGAUUUCUAGUCAAAAAACGAAAGACUGAGGAAGAUGAGGAGAAGGAUGAGAAUGACUACCUGGAGUGGUUGAGAGGCGAGAAAGAAGGACUAGAUGAUCCACAAGCUGAAGCAGAGUUGGCUCCCUUGAAAGCAUACUGGAAUGAUCCGAACUUGGAUGAGAAGGAGACUGUUUUGAGAGAUUACAUUUUGAACAAUGGCUAUAUGGCUGAGGAAAGUUCGGAAAGUGAAGACGAAGAGAAAGGGCCAGAUCCAGAGGAGGAGGAAAAAUUCCUGUCUCAGGCGGAGGAGUACGAGCACCGAUACAACUUCCGUCAUGAGGAGCCCGGAGGAGAUGAAAUCAAGGCUUACCCCCGAGUGAUUACAGAGUCAGUUCGGCCCAAGGACACCAGAAGAGCUGAAAAGCGAAAAAGAAAGAUGGAAAAAAAGACUCAGGCUAGAGAGCAGAGGCAUGAAGAGAUCCGCUUGCUGCAAAAACUUCAGAGGGAGGAGAAAGAGGAGAAACUGUUGAAGCUGCGGCAGAUUGGCAAUAACCCCGACUUGGACUAUGACUUGGAGGCAGAUUUUGACCCAGAUGAACACAAUAAGAUCAUGGAGAAAUAUUUCAACGAUGGUUACUAUGGUGAUGAGGGCAACAAUGAAAAGAAGCCAGAAUUUGAAUUUGAUGCAGCCAUUGAUGAUGACCCAGAGGACUGGUGGACCCAGCGUAGUAAAGAGGAGAAAGAUGAGGAGGUGCAAAAUGAUGUUGGUGAAGAGGAAGAGAAUGGAGACUAUGAUAAUACCCAACAGAACGAUGAGCAGGGGCCUGAUAUGGAUGAUCCAAACUUUAAUAUGGAUGCCGACUUUGACCCGACUCGAGAUUACAAAGCGGAGAAGAAGAGGGCUAAAAAAUAUGGCAAAGCAUUUGCCAAAAAGUUGCCUCUUUUUGAUCCAACCACCAAGACGUUUGAUGAGUACAUUGAUGAAUAUCUGAAAGACAAGAUCAACACCUUGCCCUUCACAUACAGAGAGGUGGUUCCAAACGAUUUUGGACUCUCAACAGAGGAGAUCUUGAAAGCUCCCGAGCGUGAGCUGAACGCGUGGGUGUCGGUGAAGAAGAUGAGCCAGUACCGCAGUCGGCAGGAUGAGAUGGCUGAUGUCAGGAAGUUCGCCGCCCGAGCCAGGGACCAGGACAAGAAGUUUAAAGUGCUUCCGUCCCUCCUAAAAAAACAGGAAGAAAUUGCCAAGGAAACGUCUGCAAGGAACAAAAAGAAGAAGAAGAAGAGGAAGAAAAAGAAGGUAGAUGAGGAUGGGGUGGAAGAGGAACCGUCUGAGGUUUCAGAGAAAAAUGAACUGUUCUUUACUGACAUUAGUGAGGUGAAUGGUGAAGUGUCCAACAGUGCGGAUAAAAGUAAGAAAAGAAAGAGGGAAGAGGAUGAAAAUGGCAGCAGUCAAGUUGUGAGCAAAAAACGCAAGUCUGUGGAUGGUGCUGAAAUUGAGGGUUCCCAAGGUACUCCUGAGGCAAAGUUAAAGAAGAAGAAAAGCGAAAAAUGUGUUUCGAUGGAACCGGAACCUCUCUCGGCAGAAAAGAAGAGUAAGAAGAAAAAGAAACAAGACAUAGUUGUUACGAAAAGUAAUGACAGUAACGAGGGAGACGGAACGGACGUUUUCAGUGUUGUUGUUGGAACUGGUGAUCAUGAUGUUCAGGGAAAAGUCAAAAAGAAAAAGAAAAAGACCAAGACUCCGGGGGUUCAAGUGGUUACUGGUACAGCUGAUUCUACACCAAAGGAGGAAGACAGCAGAUCAAAGACAGCUGUUCUCCAGAAAAAGAAAAAGAAGAAAACCUCCAUUCGCAACUUUCCGAAGGCGACAACGGGUGCCAGUAGUAAGACUGAGGGUGGUGGUUCCGACCCCAAACAGGCAAAGAGGAAACUAGGACAGGUUAUGUCUUCGUCUCGGUUGAGCAGCAUGGGGAUUGGGCCCGGCGCGGCCAAGAACAAGAGGAAAAAGAAGAAAAACAAGGCUAAGGACGUUCCGUCCUGAUUGUGUGACAUGAGUGCAGGUACCUGCUCUGUGAUGAUAUGAAGAAAAUAUAUAAUUAUUUACCAUGGGAUUCCGGAGUCGGGCCACCUGCAUACAGUGAACUUGAAACGUGUGUUUGCUGAUUAAAGCUUGUUAGGGGUGCCAUGAUUUUGUAAGGUUUAUGGGAUUGAAGAUAGGGUAAUUUUAUUGUUUUUUUGUGUUUGUAUGUAAUGACAGUUUCCAUCUUUUUUUGUGGUCUAGUUCAAUUAUGUUGUGAGUGCUGAGAAACUUUCAGGGGGUAGGAAUACAAAUAUUUUAUUCAGCUCUAAUGUUCAAAAUCUUUAAUAAAUGUGUAGACAAAGCUAAGCCAGUGAAAUCUAAAAUUACCCUUCGAGUUAUGAAUGCAAAUGGCAUAUAUGUUGAUGUUACAACUUUGUACAUAUUAUUAUUAUAGUUGAAAUAUGAAUAAAUAUGGUGGCUCAUGA